AGCAAAUCGUAAUUUCUUAUUUCGCAGGAUUCGCAGUUUCGCAAUUUUCAUCACAGAUUUGCAUCAUAAUUUGUGAACGUAUUUGUUAUUCGGCUCUUUGUUAUUUAGAAUUGUCCUUUGGUCUUUAUAACAAUUCUUUAAUAUAAACGCAGUAGACCGUAAAUCAUACUUAUUUGUAAACACUAAAAACUGCAAUGUUUUAAUUUAUUUUACAUGAAAGUGCGUCGCUUACUUUCUGUUAUUUCGUUAACAAAACAGUUUCCUAGAAAGCAUUUCAGGAUGGAUAUAUUACGCCAGUUUCAAAGUAUACCAUGGUGCAAACCAGACUGGUGCUAUCCAAGUAUGGGCAAAGAAAUGAAUGAUCUAUUGAAACAAUGCAUAGAUUUGCCAGCACCAAAGUUGAUUGAUGAUGUGACAGAAAUCAUAGAGAGAAGCAAGAAGUUCCCUAUAUCAUUUCCUGUUGAAACUGUCAGACUGGAAACACUAAUAGAACGAAAGCCGCUAGAGAGAUUAAAGAGGAACAUUAUAUCAACUUAUCCAAUAAUACAUGAGAGAGUGCUGUUGUUGAUGACACAUUUUUUGAUUUAUAAAAGGGAAUUUGGUUCGUCAAUAGAAAAAGCUUUGUACAACAAUAUGACUGUACCAGAAUUCAUUGAUAGGCUGCUAAAGAAACGCGCUGUAGCGUUCCUAUCUAAAAAGGAUACAUAUAAACUAUUGUCUGGUGAGAGUGGCAACGAUGGCUGGGAACAAAUAGGUACAUUACAACAGAAACCGCCCCUUGAGCUAGACACUUGUCUGAGCUACGAUGAAAUCAAACUUAGUGCUAUGGUCUACAUUAGCGGAUACACUGAGUGUAUCAACGAUGGGAAUAGAUGUAAUAAUGGUGUCGUUAAUGAAGAUAAUGUGCAAGAAGAGGCUGUUAUUAUUGGCCUAAUCGGUCCGCGUUUCGAGCGUCCAGAACGUAUGGAAUACGAGGACAUAUUAAUAACGGAACAACAGAAUGUUCUAGAAAAUGGUUAUGGCGAGGAAGUCACUCCCACCACGUGUCUAAAUGUACUGAAAACUACGUAUGUGAGGAAUAACCAGUCGGCGAAACAUAUGUGGAGGCAGAUUUGGUCGGAGUUUUAUCAGGCACACAGCUACACAUACCAAGAGCUAACAGCGUACGUGAAUAUAACAGAAAAACCGGAUGAAAAGAAGUUUCUAGAACGUUACGUGAAGACACAACGCGGUGUGUUCGAUAAUGAGCUCUAUUACAAGCGAAUAAGUGUUAUAGCGGAAUGCGCUUUAUUGGAUGCGGAAUAUAGAGGAAAAGAUGGGGGAAAUGUGUUUUUGAAUGUUGUUGGAUGUGGUUUAGGUGUUUGGAAGAUGAGUCCGCACCAAACUGACGUAUACGUGCUAACGUUUCUGGAGAGAAUUCGAGCUUUUCUCAAGAAGGAUUUGUUAAACCAUGUUUCAGAUGUUAAUUUUUCGUAUAUAAAACCCAGUAAACCUAUAGUUGAUUUGUUUUCAAAUAAAUCUGCAUCCGGUGCAUCGCCUACAGAAAAACGAAUAUUCUUCGAGAGUAAACGACAUCCUCAAGGCGGUAUAAACGUACAAAUAGAACAAAGGGAACCAUCUUCCAAAUUGACGGGCGAACACGCGGGAAAACUGUUAGUCAUGACCUACCCUUGGGAUGGUAAUGCACACCCGGGUAAUGAGUUUUGGCUAGGAAGUCUAUCAGGGUCUGGUGACCCGGCAGCGGCUUGUUCCACACAAGUAUCGGAACUCCACAACGCACACAUCAACCCUGCUAUAUCUGGAGCUAAUACUAGAGUUGUAGGCCGAUAUGGGUUGAAAACGUUAUCGGAAUACUGCGUUGCCUUGACAACGUAAAUAACGGUAUCGGUAUCGGUGGCGAGUGAUAACGGUAUUUGGUUCGGUGGGGUAACGGUAUUGGGUUGAUGUGAUAAUGGUAUUAGGUUGAUGUGAUAACGGUAUUGAAGAAACGUGAAAACGGUAUUAAGUUAACUUUAUAACGGUAUUGGGUUGAUGUGACAAUGAUUUAAGUUUGGGUUUUAAUAAUACCGGUUUUGAAGGUUGCUUUGGUACGGUUGUUGGGAAAGUUAUGUAGAAUUACAAUAGUUGACACCUUUUAUAUGUAUAGCACAGCAAUUGCUAUAAUUUGUUUUGUUUAGGCAUGUCCUAUAAGAGCUAGCGCGCAAGAGCAACUUUUGUCUCCGCAACUAUUUUGUCUCUCCCAUCAAC